AUGUUGACAUCUCUGAUCCUCUUGCUGUCCCAUCCAGUCCUGUGGAAAGCGCAAGCCUGCUCUCCAGGGAGCACAAUCCUUGAGCUCCAGCGUCGGUGGGGGAGGUACCGGGCUCAGUGCCAGGAAGCUCUAGCUGCUGCCGAGCCCUCGGCAGGCCUUGCCUGCAAUGGGACAUUUGACAUGUAUGUCUGCUGGCCCCACUCACCCCCUAACACCACAGCCAGUGCCCCCUGCCCCUGGUACUUGCCCUGGCAUGAGGAAGUGACCAUGGGCUCUGUGCUGCGUCUGUGUGGGGCUGACGGGCAAUGGGGACCCUGGAGAGACCAUUCCCAAUGUGAGGCUCCAGAUGGGGAGCAGGUCUUCCAGGGUCAGAGACUCAUUCUGGAGAAGUUGCAGCUGGUGUAUACGGUGGGGUACUCACUCUCCCUGGUUGCUCUGUUGCUGGCGCUGCUGAUUCUCAGCUCCUUUAGGAAGCUUCGAUGCACCCGAAACUAUAUCCACGUGAAUCUGUUCAUCUCCUUUGUCUUCCGAGCAGCUGCCAUCCUCACUCGGGAUAAACUGCUGCCCGCCCUGGGCCUUAACAUUGGAGACCCAUUUCAGGCCCUGGCCGCUUGUCGAGUGGCCCAGAUCGUGACCCAGUACUGUGUGAGUGCUAACCAUACGUGGCUGCUGGUGGAAGGUAUAUACCUGCACAGCUUGCUGGUGCUGAUGGCCUUUUCCGAGGAGAGUCACUUCAAAUGCUACCUGUUUCUUGGCUGGGGGGGUCCCGCGCUCUUUGUAAUCCCGUGGGUGAUCUCUCGCCACCUCUACGAGAACACUCAGUGCUGGGAACGCAAUGAGAUCAAGGCAAUCUGGUGGAUUAUCCGCACACCCAUCCUCGCUACCAUCUUGGUUAAUUUCCUUAUCUUCAUUCGAAUUCUGGGCAUCCUGUUGGCCAAGCUGAAGGCCCAUCAGAUGCGUUGCCAGGACUACAGGCUCAGGCUGGCCAGGUCCACACUGACCCUGGUCCCCCUGCUGGGCAUCCACGAGGUGGUGUUUGCACCUGUGACAGAGGAACAAGCGGAAGGCACCCUUCGCUACACCAAACUGUGCUUUGAGAUCUUCCUCAGUUCCUUCCAGGGCCUGUUUGUCAGCAUCCUAUACUGUUUCAUCAACAAAGAGGUCCAGGCCGAGAUCCGAAAACAGUGGCAACGUUGCCAGCUGGGCCAAAACCUCUUGGACGAGCAGCGCCUGUCCAGAGACCGCCAGUCUCCUAGCCAUGGGGCGGUCCCCUGCCUCUCCAUAUCCAGCAGAGCGAUGGGUGGGGAGGGAGAGGAGGCCAGCCCGGCCUCUGAGAGCUCUUGCUAA